GGUGCGGUCCCGGCCCGCCCGGAGGCGUUGCGGCCGUUCGGUCGCUAUGGUAACGGCGGGGACGCGCCCGGCGCCGUAAAACCACAGGGCGCAGUCGCGCGGGCGCGCAGGCGCGUUGAGGGGGUCGAUGGCGCAUUACAAGGCCGAGGACUCCAAGCGGGAGCAGUUCCGCCGGUACCUGGAGAAGGCGGGGGUGCUGGACGCGCUCACCAAGGUGUUGGUAGCCUUAUAUGAAGAGCCAGAGAAACCAAAUAGUGCACUGGACUUUCUGAAGCAUCAUCUGGGAGCUUUAGCUCCUGAGAAUCCAGAAAUAGAGGCACUUCGCUUGGAAGUGGCAGAGAUGAAAGAGAAAUAUGAAGCUGUGUUGGAAGAAAAUAAAAACCUGAAAGCCAAGCUGGCUCAGUAUGAACCACCUGAAGAAGAGAUGCCUGGUGAAUAGCAGUAGUUCCUCCUUUAAUAUCUUGACUUAAUAAAGGGCUUCCUGAGAA